GAGCUCGAGAAAUCAACGCGUCUCAAGGAAGCGAUCAAACGGCAGAAGGAGACAAAACAACGACAAGAAGCUCUUGUUCAGCAGAAGAUACGAGACAUGGGCGUAUGUGAGCAGGGCUACGCAUGGAUCAAGGAGGAGGGGGGAUAUCGUUGUGCUGGAGGAUCACAUUUCCUGAGCAACUCGGAGAUCGGCAUUUAG